AAAUAUUUGAAGUAAAAAAAAAAGAAAACUCCCUUUCCUUUUCUUUCCCUUCAUUUGAAAAAAAAAAAAAAUGUCAAUCGAAUUCAGUGUCGAUAGACCUUUUGGCAUAUAUUUGUAUGACUAUUUUGAUAAGGCAUAUACAACUGUAGUUGGUAGUCCAGCCACGGAAUUCACUUUUGUUCAAGGUUAUACCCCACUUUCCACCUUGCCAGAAGUUUUGGUUGGAUGCAUUACAUAUUUUACAAUUAUUUUUGGUGGACGUGCUUUAAUGAACAAUAGUAAACCAUUACCCUGUAAGUUCUUCUUUCAAAUUCAUAAUGUCCUUUUGACUCUCGUCUCUGGUGCCCUAUUGGCCUUAUUGUUUGAACAAUUGUUCCCCCAAUUAUACCGUCAUGGUCUCUAUUAUACUAUCUGUUCGGAAAAAGCAUGGACACCUCAAUUGGAAUUGAUCUAUUAUUUAAAUUAUUUGGUUAAAUGGUGGGAAUUGGUUGAUACUGGAUUUUUGGUCAUUAAGAAGAAGAAGCUUGAAUUUUUGCACUACUUUCAUCACAGUAUGACAAUGGCUUUAUGUUAUACACAAUUAGUUGGUAAAACAACAGUGUCCUGGGUUCCUAUUAUCCUUAACUUGACAGUCCAUGUAUUGAUGUAUUAUUAUUAUUUCCGUACCGCCACUGGAGCCAAGAUUUGGUGGAAGAAGUAUUUAACAACUUUACAAAUCAUCCAAUUUGUUAUUGACUUGGUUGUCAUUUACACUGUCACCUGGUCAUAUUUUGCUUUUACCUAUUAUUCGGACUUUUUACCCAACUUUGGAACUUGUGCUGGAACUGAAAGUGCUGCUGCUUUUGGAUGCGCCAUUUUAACUUCAUACCUCUUCUUGUUCAUCAAUUUCUAUAGAAUGACUUACAACCAAAAGAAACAACAAAAGAAGGAUCUUUAAAAUUACA